AUGGCCUCCUCAGGUAACAUGUUACCUGAAAAACAGUUCCAGUGUACCAUCUGUCAGCAAGUGUUCACCGACCCGGUCACCACUCCCUGCGGACACAACUUCUGCCAGACCUGCAUCCAGGAUGUGUGGGACCGCAGCGAGGUCUGCCAGUGCCCCACCUGCGACAAAUCAUUCACCACCCGGCCUGAAAUAAGCAUCAACACAGCCUUCAAAGAGCUGGCAGACACAUUAAGGAAAAUGGUAGUCAGUUCGUCGGCUUCACCGCUGUGCGCAGCCAAACCCGGCGAGAUAACGUGUGACGUCUGCGCCGCAACCUCUCUGCAGGUGAAGGCCCUGAAGUCCUGCCUGGUGUGUCUGACCUCGUACUGUGAAGCCCACCUGGAGCCACACCGGAGAGUUGCCACCUUGAAGAUCCACAAGCUGAUCGAGCCGGUGAAGAACCUGCAGGAAAGGAUGUGUAAGAAGCACGAAAGGCUGCUGGAGAUGUUCUGCAGGGACGAACAGAAGUGUGUGUGCCAGUUCUGCACCGAGACCGUGCACAAAGGUCACCAGGCUGUCACGAUAGAGGACGAGAGUGGGGAGAGGAAGGUCCAAAUGAAGAAGACUGAGGCAGAUUUCCAGGAGAUGAUCCAGGAACGCAUGAAGAAAGUGGAGGAGAUAAAGAACUGUCUGAAGCUCAGCAACACGAGUGCAGAGAAGGAGAUGAAGGAGAGCGACCGUCUCUUGACGUCUCUGAUUCGCUCCAUCGAGGAGAGACAGACUGAAGUCCACACAGAGAUCAAGGAGAAGCAGAAAGCAGCAGAAAGGAGGGCAGAGGAGUUCGUCGAUGAGCUGCGGCAGGAAAUCACUGAACUGCAGAGGAGAAACAUUGAGCUGGAGAAGCUGAGGGACACUGAGGACCAUCUGCACGUCUUACAGAGGUCGCCCUCUCUUAUGUCCACUCCACCCACCAAAGAGUGGAUGGAGAUCGGCGUCCACCCUGAGCUCUGUGUGGGGACGGUGAGGGGAGCUCUGUCUAAACUGGACAACACCCUGAAGUAUGAACUGGACGGUCUGAAGAAAGAAGAGAUGAAGAAGAUGCAGAAAUAUGCAGUUGACGUGGUUUUAGACCCGUACACUGCCCAUCCAAACAUCGUCCUAUCAGCUGACGGGAAGCAGGCGGGCCGCGGCGAGCUGCUGCACAUCGUGCCUGACAACCCCCAACGCUUCGACCCCGUCAUCUGCGUUGUGGGAAAGAGCGGCUUCCUGUCCGGGAGGUUCUAUUUCCAGGUUGCAGUGGGGACAAAGACCUUCUGGGACCUUGGCGUGGUCAAAGAGUCCAUCAACAGGAAGGGGAUGAUCACCUCCAAGCCGGAGAACGGCUAUUGGACGGUGCGAAUGAGGAGCGGGGAAGAGUAUCGUGCUUUGGACUCCCCUUCGGUCCUUCUUUCCCUCAAGGAGAAGCCGCAGAUUGUCGGAGUGUUUACGGAUUACGAGGAGGGGUCUGUGUCGUUCUUUGACGUGGAGGCCAGGUCUCACAUCUACACCUUCACUGGGUGUUUGUUCUCGGAGAGGAUCUUCCCCUUCUUCAGCCCGGGAGUUUCUGACGAAGGGAAGAAUACGACGCCAUUGGUUAUUCAAGCUGUUAAUCAUUGA